ACGUGUCUCUAUAUUCUGAGACAAGAGAAAAGACAGUAUUUACGCGUCCAAACGCCGCUUUUGAUGGCAUAGAAACAGACGCGACGCUUUCGACAAGACUGCAUUAAAAUUACUGGAAGAAUAUUUCUGCAUUUUUUACGAUUACUAUGAAACCUCGGUACGUUACUAUCAAUGAAAAGAGCGACCUGUGGAUAUUUGGAUAUGGCUCUUUAGUGUGGAAACCUGAUUUUGCAUAUAAGAGGAGCAAAGUUGGCUGCAUUAAAGGAUACAAAAGGCGUUUCUGGCAUGGAGAUGAUUUUUAUCGAGGGGACAAGGAAAAUCCAGGCAGAGUGGCCACACUAGUGGAGGAUCAGGAGGCUUGCACAUGGGGAGUGGCCUAUGAGGUGACUGACUCCCAGAUUGAAGAGUCCCUUCAGUACCUUAACAUGAGAGAGGUUGUGCUAGGGGGUUACAUAACAGAGAUGGUGGAGUUUAUCCCUAAGGAGAAGAGUCAGGGUGCUCUGUUGGCCCUUGUCUACAUCGCUACUUCCGACAACCCCAUCUACCUCGGCCCGGCCUCUGACAAGGAGAUCGCCGCCCAGAUUGCCAUCUGUAGAGGCAACGCGGGCCACAAUAUUGAAUACCUGGUCCGCCUGGCAGAGUUCAUGAGGCUCUACUGUCCCGAAGUAUGGGACGAGCACCUCUUCUCUAUUGAGGCAGCUGUUCUGAACAUUUUCCACCGUUGCGAAGGAAUCAAACCCCCAGACCAGAAGUCCCUUCUGCUGGGAGGUUCAUAAAAGACUACAUAAGGCACUCCACAUCAUAAGAAUGUCAGUGUUUUUAUUUAAGGUGAAAGGGAAAGGAAGUUCUGCAACCCAUGUUUAAGGAUAUUGGGUGCUUGAAAGAUGACUACCUGAA